GGAGUAAAUGGUUGUAGAAAAUCAGUCUCCUCUUCACCAGAGUUAAAAAGGAGUAGAUGUUGCCUUCAAUAACCGGCAAUAGAUAUUCUCAUUGAUUUAUUAGUAAUGUGAAGUUAGCUUUGCAGCAUCUUGCAUUGCAGAAAGUCAAGACACAGGCUCAUCUACAUCAGCAUCAUCAAGAAUGAUGGCACAAGAUCAAAAUGAUGGCUACCAGAUUACCGAAGCUUUGCGAGUACAGAUGGAAGUCCAGCGAAGACUGCAUGACCAGCUGGAGGUCAGUUUACUGGUUCAGCGUCAUCUUCAACUUCGGAUCGAAGCACAAGGCAAAUACCUGGAAUCAAUUCUUGAAAAGGCUUGUAAAGCUCUCAAUGGCUUGUCUGUGACCCCUGCUGGGCUUGAAACUGCUAGGGAAGAGCUUUCUGAACUGAAGAUCAAGGUUGGCAAUGACUGUCAUGGGGCAAUCUCAGUUCAUUCGUUGUCUGAAAUUGCUGCAGGUCUAGGCAACAAAAAUGCUUCAAAUGUGCCUGCUCGAAUUGGUGACUGCUCUGUUGACGGCUGCUUCUUGCCAAACGGAACCCCAGUUUCUCCCUCAGGCUUGGCUUCACAGGCUGCUGCACUAAAGAAGAGACCGAGGCCCUUGUUUAGUACCGGGGAUUCACUGCAUGUACAAAACAAUGCACAUCCAGGGGAGUGGAUGAUGACUAAUAUUGCAUGAAUAGCAGAAAUGGAUCUUCAAAUGUUCUCCCUCUUUUCCUAUUGUUCUUUUCGGAUCUGAUUGGUUGAAAUUAUCUUACCAUGUCGCAAACUGUAAGAUCAGUAGUUUGUUUGUUCUUAAGGUUAGAUCAUUUGCACUUGGGAGUAUUUUUAGUCAAUCAUCAGUUGUUUCUUUUUAUUCAG